UGCGCUUCUAUCAAACAUCCGGUCCUGGUAAAAAGUGUUCUGCUCUAUCAUAUCGGCUAUACGGAGCUGUUGACAAAGAAUUUCUAAUCGACUGAUAACUGUAUUUUAUUUGAAUGAAUUGUUUCGUCCAGCGGUGAUUUGUUACACCAGUAACAUUUAAUCUUUCGGAUAUCGAAGUACCUUUGUAAAACGUAUGCGCAAUAAUCACUAGACAUCCAUUGAUAAGUGAUUUGUUGGAAGGUCAGAUGCGGACACUAUCAAAAUCAGUGUGUUAUUUUUUGGGCUUCCGUUAUUGUAGUUUCGAAAAUUAACUAAAAACCGGCACCAUGAACACCCUUGCGUGGAUUCUGGCAGUAUCUUUCUUAGCAUUACUUGGUCACCAGGCUGAGAGCUGCUCGCUUCUUUUCCCGGAUGUGUGCAAGAACGUGACCUGCCCAAAUGGAGUGGCCUGCCAGUCUGACGCCAGCUACUGGAGUGAACAUCGCAUUGGCGGAGUGUCACUUCCGCCCUUGGCCAGAUGCGAAGAUUCCGAUCCUUGCGUGGGACAUGUCUGUCGUCUGGGUACCCGUUGCGUAAAGGUCAAAGAUUCGUGUGACGCACAAGGGAUCUGCACCGUGAAGGCCCAAUGCAAUGAAAUUAAUCGUCCCGGAAAGUGUCCUAAACCGGAAAAUAUUCACGUCCACAGUUGCAUGAAUUCGUGCCGCGAUGACGCUUUCUGUGAGGGCAACGCCAAGUGCUGCCGCAGCAAAUCCACUGGCGGAAAAUGGUGCGCGCACCUAUGAGACAAGCAAUAAUUUCAACAUUCCGAUACUUACGAUACCUGCUCCAAGCAACAUAAAAAGCAAAUGCGCAGUAUUUUUUAUUUUAUAAAAUCUAAUGGAAUGCUUACACUGGUUUCAUCGUUAGUAGUGGCUGCUAUUCCUACUCGCGGCAAGCAGCAAAUAAAUUAAUUCUGAUAAGAACUAUAUUUCAACAUAUUUAAGUAUUUCAACACGCGACAGCAAAGGAUACCUGUCUGUGUAAAUUGUUAAUUGCAUCCGAGCAUUCACAAUGUCUGUACUCUGUUACGGCACUGCGUUACACUCUGAAAAAUGCUUAAAGAUAAAUUAAAUACCAUGGCCAGUUAACGGCCUCUUUG